AUGUCCAGCUUCAGAUCCGUUGCUGUGCUGCUGCAGCUGCUGUGCCUCGCCAGCCUUGUGCUCGGCCGACCCAGCGAUAGCCCCGCCCUCAACGAGGUGAACUACCAGGAAGCUGCCAACGAGGACUACAUGAAUAAUGAUAUGAUGCAGCAAAUCUCGGCCAUGCCCUCGCCUGUCGUCGGAGGCGCCUUCUACAAGCAGCGACGCGCCUUCUAUAAUCCUGGCCAGCUGUGGCGCAGCUCGUUCCUGCGACGCUUCUACCAGAUGCCCGGGUCCAACGUCUAUCCGGAGCUGGCCAUAUCGCCCGGCGGCACCAACUACUACAGCAACGAGGUGCUGCCCAUGCCCAUGUCCACCUACGAGAUCAUCGAGCCGGAGACCAUGUUUUAG